GAAGAGGGAGCCGGAGCCCGCCCAUUUCUGAAACUGAACGAGGGAGGGAAAGGUUGUCGGUUGCCAGCGCCCCCCGGCGAGAGGAGGAGAGCGGCGGUUGUCCGGCGAGAGCGCACGCCGAAAGUCGGCGAUCGGUUCAGCCAUGGAGCAUCAUCCUUAUGAGCAACACGAGGAGGGUGACUUGAAGAAAGUGGAGGCAGAACAUGAUGGAGCUGACGGGUCAUUCAAAAACGAGCACCACAAACGGUCCAAGGCGGCCAUGGAGCAUUCUGAUGAGCAGCACAAGGAGGAUGGCAGCAUGGAAGUGGAGGCAGAAUUGGAUGGAGCCGACGGGUCACUCAAAAACAAGAGCCAGAUUCAGUCCAGGGUCUGGGAUGAGUUUGAGCCCAUCUUUCUGAAUGACAAGGUUCAGUUUGCACAGUGCCUGAGCUGCCACUUUCUGUUCAGCUGCAAAGGAGAUAGCUGUCUGCGCCGGCACCUGGAAACCUGCCCGGCCAAACCGGAAGCGGUAGAGAGGCCACAGAAGGACUCCUGCUUCACAGAUGGUAGCAGCUCGAGUGGCGCAACCGGUCGGCCUGUUCAAGGGGUGGCAGAUCAUCUAUCCCUACCAGCAUCAGAUGUUCCAAACCUGAAGAAGAAGCAGAAGACCUCAUCGAUGAAUACUGGGGACGAUACAAGCGCCAGCAAGUUUGGUCAGGAGUCACCUUAUCAAGAUGUGGCCAAAAUGAUCAUAUGCCAUGGUUAUCCCUUGUCGAUUGUGGAGCAUGAAGAAAUGAAAAGGAUUUUCAAGAGCAUCAACCCUGUGGCUAGUGUCUCUCGUAGUGAUAUGGAAGACCAUUUGUUGGAUCUAUUUCAGAAGGAAAAGAUGAAUGUCAAGGAUAAAAUCGCGCUAACCUCGCGGCAUGUCUCUCUGUCGGCAAGCAUCUGGACUGACGAUGGACCUGAGCCGACAGUAAAGUACCUCUGCUUGACAGCACAUUUCAUCGGUGAAGACUGGAAAGUUCACAGAAGAAUAAUAAAGUUUGGCAUGUAUUGGUGCUCACCUACUAAUUUGGAAAGGACUAUACACUGCAAGGAGGCCUGUGUUCCACAGUCUGAAAGUGGAUCUUACAAUGUCAUAUGGGAUGCAAUCAGAGAUUGGAACCUUGACCAGAAGAUAUUGAGCUUCACUUCAGUUGGUGAAAUCAAGAACGAUGCGAAUACCGCGAGGCUCAAGGCGAUGCUCAUGGAGAAGAGGUGCCUUCCCAUCAGAGGCAAGCUAUGCAACAUCGCUUGCUUGGACGACAUGAUAAACAGUGUUGUCGCCGAAGGACAAUCAGACAUACUUCUCCUUAUUGGUGAUGCAGUAAUGGACUUUUUUGUGGCGCAUGCAUCUUCACCAUUGGCCCAGCAACAGCUUCUGGAGGCCAUUUCACAGAUGAGCUUGAAGUGUCCACAGGAAGAUGCCAAGUGGUGGCAUAAGUUUUAUUUUAGGCUUGAAGUUCUGUUGCAAUUCAAGAAGUUGUUUCCUGCUGAAGAAGUGCUGUCUCCAGAAGAUAUGGGAGUUAUUGUGUCCAUUUGCAAGAUUUUGAGAACGUUUUAUCAUGCCAUCGAAGUAAUUUCUGGCCCGAGCUCUCCGACUGGCAAACAUAUACUUUAA